AUGAAACACGUUUCGUGCGGCGUCAAAAAGCUCAGAGGUUUUAGACGGGCUGAUUCCUUGUUCCGCAGAUGA